UCGUUCGCGAACGACACAUCUCUAGUAAGAACUAGUUAAGAUUUCUACCUAUGCGGCGUAUUUUGUCUGUAAAAUCAAGUUCCCAUAAGAAACCCGUAGUAGAAUUUUUGAAUUAUGAACUGCCGCGCAAUGUAAAUUCUAACCUUACUUGAGUGGUCAAUGAUAACAUUUUAGAUUUUACCAAGAUUUUACAAUUGGUGAAUUGGUGAUAAGAAAAUAUGCUCAAUUUUUGAUAAGUAGAAAGAAUAAGACAAAGAAAAAUUGUGAAUAAAGCUGCUAAUUGUAUUGUUAUGAACAUUUGCAGUCAUGAGGGAAGCAUUUAAACGACUGAACAAUGGAAUUUUUAUGGUUAUUAAAAGAAGUGCAACUACCAUAUCUAAUGCCCAGUAUUGCAUGAAAUUAGUAAAGAACCAUGACUAUGAGAAUUUUGUUACCAUGCUUUGGUUAAAGAGAGAUGCUAGAAGUUGUGCAUUUGCAGUUCGAAGUUUUAAUAUUGAAGUAUCUAGAAUAGCUGAACAGGUUACCCAGAGGGAGAUAGGUUUAAUGAGAAUUCAAUUUUGGGACGAUGUUGUGAACCAUUGCUUUUCAAAUGAAAGUAGAAAAAUCCCUCGACACCCCGUUGCAAUAGAAUUGUUUAAGGCUGUACAUAACUAUGGAUUGUCUAAACGAAAUUUGAAAAAUCUUUUAAAUUCUAGAAGAGAAUAUUUUGGUGUCAACGGUUUUAAAACCUUAGAUGAGAUGGAAAAAUAUUUGGAGCUAUCUGUUUCCAGUGCUUACUAUUUAAUACUCCAAGCUUGUGGUAUUAAAGACAUAAACGCGGAUCAUGCAGCAUCUCAUUUAGGAAAAGCCCAGGGAAUUGUUCAACAGUUGAGAAAUGUUCCGAUGAGUCAACGGUUAAAUUUUGUAUCUAUUCCUCAAGAAUUGUUAACCAAGUAUCGCAUAAGUCAUGAAGAGCUAUUUAGAUGUAAACCAAGUGAUUUAUUAGGAAACUGUGUCUAUGAGAUGGCAUCUAGAGCUUACCAGCAUUUAAUGAAAGCGCGAAGUUUACAAAAAAAUAUAUCAGUAGAUGGUCGACGUGUUUUCUUACCGGCUAUAGCUACUUUUGCAUAUUUGGAUAGACUACAGAAAGCUGAUUAUAAUAUCUUUCACCAGAAGUUAAAAUAUAGACCAUGGGAUUUAUUACUUCAGAUUUGGUUAAGUAAUUUCAGAAACCAGCACUAAGAAGCAGUUAUGUAAAUGAUUCAAUAAAUUAUGAAGGCCUUACUGUUGCAGGAAAAUUUCGACUUGGAUAAGUGUGUGGAAGAAAUACCGACAGAUAUGAAUAUUUUUUUACUAGAUCUUCCUUCCGGCUAGUCCACCAAGAAAAGGAAUACACGCGAUAUAUUAUAUGGAGACGGUAAUAAAUAAGAUCGACACCACAUUAACAAGAACUUUCAUUAAGGCUAAUAAGUUUCGGUAUCCACUGGUACCAUCAUCAGAGCUAAAUAACUGGUAAAUUAGAAUACAAAAACAUUGAAUUGACGUUAUAUAGUGUUAAACUUUUAAGUACUACACUGUUUCAAUAGAAAUUUACUUUCCUUA